UUAGAUCCUGAUAUAUAUUUGCGAAUGGUCCGACGAACAAUCGGCGCUGUCGAAAAUGAGCUCGGAUUCAGUCCUAAAUUGAGCCUCUCAGAACCAGUGAUGGACUCGCUCACUCGAGGCCUAGUUAUGGAGCAUGCCUGCAAGGCCAACUACCAGCCUUGUAUUGCAGCCGCCGUUGACAUGUUCUACGAUUCUGACAACAAUGUGAACACUGCUAUCCCUCACGACAUCCGACCGGGCGGUGUACUGUACUAUGGUCAAAGAAGCCGGUCAAGAAGCAAUCGAUGCGCUCGUAAAACAUCUGGAAACCGACAUCAGUCAAUACGAGCGAGUUGUUAUAUUGGAAUCUCUUGCUUGCUCGCGGACGGUGACUAUGUUAAUAGGUUACUCGAAGAAACUAUAGCAGCUAACAGUCCUUACCUAACCGAGGAGCGAGUGAAGAUCUUUAUAGCAGUAGCAGAGAGCAGUUAUGAAAACGCUCGGAUUGCCCUUGAGUUCAUAUCCAGAAGGACCAAUGAAAUCAGGAAUAUGUACGGUGGAGCUGCAAAGCUUGAAGAAGUAAUAUUUGUUCUAGCAGACAAUAUGGCUAAUGCCGACUUAAGUACAGAUUUCCGUGUGUGGAUCCAAUCCCAGAACAACAACUUGGACGGGUCCGCAGGACGCGGCGGACCGCGCGCUGCUGCAGGUGAGCACUAA